UUUCACGCGUUGUACGACGUUGCCUGGCUUGUCAAAGAAGAAAGGCUCGUUUGGGUGAGUAGCUAAUGUCAGAUCUACCAGAAAGCCGAGUGGCACCUCAAAAACCUCCUUUUACUAAUGUAGGAAUCGAUUAUUUUGGACCCAUGCUUGUAAAAAGAGGUAGAUCGUUGGUUGAGAGAUAUGUCUACCUUUUCUCAUGUUUCACGACCCGAGCAAUCCAUAUAGAAAUAGCUCAUUCCUUUGAUACUGACCCGAUGAUCUACGCUCUCAGGAAAUUUAUUAGCAUUCAAGGAUGUCCCAAACAAAUCAGGAGUGAUAGAGGAACAAAUUUUAAAAGGAAGGCCAGAAUCACGUCAGCCAUAGAAAAACAAAAGUUCCAUCUGGCUUACGUGAAUUGCCCAGAGAUAUGGUUGAGCGGCCGUCAGUUGUGGGUGACGUUAUAGAGAAAUUAAAAUCCAAAAGUAAUAAGGUGGGACUACUGGGUAUUCGCGGUAUGGGGGGACUUGGAAAAACUGUAUUAGCUCAGGCUGUUGCUUGGAUCCAAGCAGAACAACGUCACGUAGUUUGGCUUGAUAUUGGUCAAAAUCCAGACUGCUUAAGUCUUCUAAAUAAAUUUAUCCAAGAACUAGGUGGAGCAGUAACUUAUAGUAACGAAAGUGACGCGCAAUCUUGGUUGAGAGAAAAUACGAUUGACAAAGAUUGCUUUCUUGUUCUUGAUGACGUAUGGAAUAUAAAGACGCUAGUUGGUUUGAUUGCUUAUCUGGGAAAUGUCAGCUGCUGAUUACGACACGAGACGCAGACGUUGUUCGUGGCUUAAAAGGCAUUGAAAUCUACGAACUGCAAAUAAUGCCGAAAGAUCAAUCUCGCCAGCUUUUGUACAAUUGUGCGCAGGUCUCUACUGAUAAACAAUCGACGCUUUCUGUCAAAUUACAAAGAAUAGUAGAAGAAUUGUUAGAGCAAUGCCGUGGACUCCCACUUGCCUUGUCGAUCAUCGGUGCCACUUUAAUAGAUGCUAGCUCUGAGCAGGAUUGGCAAGAUACUUUAGAUGAACUUAAAAGUGCAAACUUACAACAACUAAGUAUUAAGUCAAAAAAGGAUGUCUUACCUGGUGAAUAUCAAUAUACAAAUGUGUCGGCUGCUAUUGAUGUCAGUUUAAAACGGCUUAGGCAAAAGAAACCAGAAUAUGAAGAAAAGUUUUUCGAUUUCGCCAUUUUUCCAGAGGAUACCGAUAUCCCAUCAGACAUCCUUGAACUCUUUUGGUCAUCUGAGAACAUUCCAGGGCGAAACACAUGUAGUGCCAAAAAAACAAGAGACAUAUUGCGUUUGCUUGAAAGAAAAUCACUCUUACAAAAAGGACCUGUAAUAGAUGAGAAAACUAGCUAUCGUGUUCAUGAUCUAGUGCUGGAUUAUGCUCGCGAAAAACUACGAAGCGAAGAUCCUUACAAGCAAAGAUCGGUGGAGGAUGUUCAAGGUCAGUUCCUUGUCGCCCUACGUAAACAAUGCAGAAACCGCGAAUGGCCGUGCUUCAAUGGUAAAAGAGACUAUUUUUUCAGAUAUUUACCUUACCAUCUUGAUUCUGCAAAGGAGUAUGAAGAGCUCCAACAGCUAUUCUUUAACUUCCAAUGGCUGCAGCAAAAAGUAAAAGAAACUAAUCUGCCAUCUUUGAUAUCCGAUUUUCGAUUUCUUGAACACCCCUCGUACGAAAUCAAACUCCUUAAAUCGUCGUUAAUGUUGUCCGCUGAUGUGAUCGAAAGCAGUCCAAAUUCACUUGGUACUCAAUUGCUUGGAAGGCUGCUUUCUUAUGAGGAGCAGUUUCCAAGAGUAAAAUUGCUUUUAAGUUGUGCCACCACUUGCCAUCUCGUUCCGUUGUUUCCAUGUUUAUCGGACCCCACAGGUCCGUUAGAAAAGAUAUUCAGAAAACACUGUGACAAAGUUUUGGCGUUGGUUACCACCGUAGGUCCUUCUGGAUUAAUUGUGAUCUCAGCAUCCAAAGACUGCCUGAUCAAAGUGCAUGAACUGGAGACUGUUAUGGAGUUAGAAGUGCUCCGAGGUCAUACAAUGGAAGUUUACUGCCUCGCGUUGUCGCACUGUGGAACAAAGCUUGCGUCGGGUUCUUAUGAUUCUACGACCAGACUUUGGAACUUAGACACUUAUAAAUUGCUAUUUAUAAUGGAAGCUGAAGGAGGAUUUGUCAAUGCACUGGAUUUUAGCAUUGAUGACAAACGUCUUUUUUCUGGUUCAAACGAUGGGAAUAUGCGAAUAUGGAAUGUAGCUAAUGGGAAACUAUUAGAUAAGACACAAGCACAUGAAACGAAUAUGCAUAUUCGAGGCUUAUGUACCACUAGAGAUGGCCGUAUGAUAGCGACCGGAUCUCUUGACUAUAACGUCAAAUUAUGGGAUGCUUCUACAUUAAGUCACCUAGCGACACUAAAGGGACAUACAGACACCGUUUAUGCCGUAGCAGCUACUUGCGAUAGUAAAAUGAUUGUUUCUGCCUCUGGUGAUAAAACUUUAAAGAUCUGGAAUUUGCAGUCAUUUGGCGAGGUGCGAACAUUAAAGGGACAUCAAGGAGAAAUAUAUAGUGUCGCUGUAAGCAGUGACUCGAAACAUAUAGUUUCUGGAGGACAGGAUAUGGACGUAAGGUUAUGGUGCUUUGAAACUGGAAAAUCUCUUUUUUGUUUUAAAGGACACAGCCAAUCUAUUAGAUCUGUUCUUAUAAUUUCGAAUGGUAGAAAGGCGCUAUCUGGCAGUCAAGAUAAGACUUUUCGCAUGUGGGACCUGGAUACAAAUAAACAUAUCACCGACAAUUCGUUUCGAGGUCAUAGUGAAGAUGUAAUGGACAUUGCAGUCACACAAGAUGGCUCAAAUUGUGUUUCGUCAUCUAUGGAUGGAACAAUAAAAAUCUGGAAAUGUAUCGAAGCUAAGGAGCGUUUUACUUUGAGAGAAAAUCAAAUCGAUUUAGCGUUUUUCUGCGUUUUGAAUGCACCCAUGUUAGCAAUGCCAUACCAAAGAGUAAUAAAUGUUUCAAUCUCAAAUGAUGGCGAUCAUGUUGUUUCGCUUGGAAAGGACUCUUUGAUCAAGGUUUGGAGAUUGAACGACGGCAAAGAAAUUCGCGGAAUCAGUGGCGAUAAGCAAGCACGUUUAGUGCGUUUUGACCUCGAUGACAAGCUUGUUCUUAUUGGCUGCAAAGAUAACCAAAUAUUUCUUUGGGACUGGAAAAAUGAUGAUAAGGCUAAACGCCUUACGCUGCCAUCAUACACGACCAUGGAGAUUGCAUUUCAGAAGAACCUGAAGCAGAUAGAAGAUACAGGCAAAAGCUGUAGCGUUGUUUCUGCUACAGCUUUUACCUGUAGCAGAAACAACGAAGUUUGCAAAAUCGAUCUUAACUCACUUAAAGCAACUUUUGUCAGUCAAGGUCCUAACCCAAGUUGUAUGAAAAUGGUCGUUUUACCCAAAGGUGACGCCAUUCUUGCUGGCAUUGUGACAGACAGUGUGUUCAUAUACUGGGAGUUAUCGUCUUGGCGUGAAAUCCGAUACAAAGCUGACCAUCCUCAAAAUUCCGUCAUCACCGCAAUUGAUAUUACCAAAGAUGGAAAAUUUGCUUUGACAGGAAGUAGUUUAGGUACUAUUUCACUGGUGAAUCUUGGAAGCUCUAAAGUGGUGCAGAAGUUUAAUAACACGGAGUCUGGUGAAGGUGUACGUUUGAUUAGCAUGUUGCCAAAUGAUCUCAAUUUUAUCAUAGUUGACGAGGCAAAUCGAGUGGAACUAAGAAAUUUCAGCAACAGCUGUGAAAAAGUACCACUAGGUCAACCUGGGGCAAAAGUUAACUGCGUGGCACCUCUUGGCUUGCAAUACAUUCUGCUUGGUUGUGAUAACGGAAUUCUGUUGUACUUUCAUCAUCAAAAGAACAAUCCCACUGAAUAUCCGAAAUAUGCUUUUAAAGAAUCCGUGACCCAAGUUCAAGGUCACCCAAAUGAAGAAUAUCUUUAUUUUGCCGUUGGAACACAAUGUGGAUCAGUAAAACUUUGGUUUGUUGAAAAAUCCACUCCUCCAAAACUAAUUGAAAUCUGGUCACACGAAAAGGUUCACCUGCAUCCAAUAACAGCUUUGGCUUUCAUGCAUGGAGCAGAAGACGUUCUAUGUGGUUCUUAUGACAACUUUGUGGUCCAUGUGAACUCCACUGAAGUCGUCCGCACGUACAGUUACAAGAGUUACGGGAUUGCAGCGCUGCGUGUCGUGGAAGAGAAUCUACUUGUGGCUGCUUACAUACGUGGAUUUAGUGUAGUAAAAUGGCGUCUUAAAGACGGAGAAAUUGUGGAAAAGGUACAUGGUGGAGCUGGUAGAGAGCAGGUGUCACGUGCAUAUCUAGCACCUGAAGAAACUGAUAGUCAUGAGCAACUAUCAGGUACUUGCAUUGAGCGCAUUGUUUCGAAGGGAUCGCAUCACUCCCUCUUGCAUUGGGAACUAAAAACUGGGAAAAUUAUUCAUCGCAUGCAUGGCCACUCUCAUGAUAUUCGUGCUUUGGCGUUCAUUCCUGGAGGGGAAUUUUUGGUUUCUGGCUCACGCGACAAAACGCUGAAAAUAUGGAAUUUGAAAAAUGGACAAUUAAUGGAGGAGUUCCAUUUUGAACAUUAUGUUCUCGCAAUUGCCUGUGCUGAAAAUGGAACUGCUUGUGUUGGAUUGCAAGGCGGGCAGGUUUGCUUCUUGCGAAUCAAUACGUUAGCAGCAAAUGCUCAAUAGAACUUAUGAUAAAAUUGUUUUCAACAGCAAUAUGUCUUAUAUCAUUAUAUAAUCUUAAUACAUCAGAUUACUAUUAUAAGUGGAUCUAAAAUCAACAUGUUAGAUGCAGCCUAAAUUUUUUCUCCAGCUAUUUUUUUUUUUCAUUUAACACACGCAAAGGAAGCAGUUGUUAAAUAUUGAGAUAUAGUUAUGGGAGUAAUAACUUUAGACGGUUUUCCUCCAACUAAUGAAUUCAUGUCAAUUAUCAACAUAUCACCUAAAAGUGCGUCGAAUUUUUUUUUAUGGUAUCUUUGAUAAAGAGCUGCGAUUUUUUAAGUUCAAAAAAUGAUUAUUACACGAUUUUAGCUUUGAACAUUUCUUUUUUUUAUCGAUAUCAAAGACAAAUGGUUGUUAUCCUUUCACUUGUAUUCAACCGUCCCCAGUCCCAUUGUACAUAUAGGUAUGGUGGUUGUAUAUGAUUAUAUCUUUUUCUUUAGUCUCAUUAUUUCUUCAACUACUGCGCUCACAACAUGCCUCCAUAGCUAACAAUUCAAAAAUCUUCUCUUUAUAAAUUCGUAUAAAAUGUAUGUAUACUUAUCUAAUUUCAUUAAUGUAAAUAUAGUGUAGUUAUAAUUUAGCAACUAGCCGUUUUAGGAGAUCUCAUUUAGAUUAAUAUCUUUAAUUAUAUUGAAUACUAAUUAAUAAACACUUAAAAUACGUGGUUUUGAGAAA